AAGCGAAAAAGUUGGCAGCACGGUAUCGGUGUUUUAUUUAUUUGCCAUUCACCAUCGCGGUAUUUACAACUUUACAACUUGAGUUUUUGAAAAAAUGUUCACAUCAUACGCAUCAUACAUGCCUUGAAAUUCGCUUAGCUAUAGAUGAUAAAGACCAAAGUGUACGAGAACAGUGGACGUUAUUAAUUAUAUGCUUCGAAGAGGUUACCCGUCAAGUUGAAAUUAAGAGUUUCAAUCCACCAGUAUCCAAUCUUAAUAAAUAUAAAGAAAUACAAAAUUUAUGCUGUCUUGCCUGUCACGCUUUUGUAUUGUUCCUACAUUAUAAUUGCGGUUACGAAUUGUCAAGCUUAAAAAGAUGUAUGACUCUGAUGCAAAUUUAUGACGGAUCAAAUGGAACAAAAAAUGGAUUCAUACACUGGCGACGCAGGUACUUAUGGUCUCCUAACUGAACUCUGCAGAAACUUCCUCCAUAAGCAGAGUACUGCUGACAAACAUCCGUACAUUCCACAGAAAGAUUAUUCUGCAACUCUCAAAAAAUUAAGGUCCAAAGCUUACGGUGUAUUGUUGAACAAAUCCAUAGAAACAUACGAAAUAGGCGCAGGACAGAAGAGCAAAGAUAAGGACCCUAUUGUUGAAUUAUUGAAACAUGCUUUUGUAUUAAAAGUUGGAAAGAAAUCUGUGGCAAAAGCUACGGAGCUUGAAGUGUUUAUCGAUGAAUUAAUUGACUCUGAGGAUGACAUAGAUCCAACUAUUUAUUCCACUCUGCAGUUACUUGUUAGUCUGAAAAAUUUGGAAGCACAAGAGCCAGAAAAAGAACUGAAUGUCUUCCAUUAUGGAAAACCUAAUCCAUUUCUGCCUGAGUCAUUAUGGGAUGGCAAAGGUGUUACUCCGUUUCAAAGCUAUCCGAUGGAGUCGUUUGUUGUCUCAGACGUAUUCGAAGGAUUAUUGGGGAUCAAGCAUAGUUCUGUUAUACAAAACUGUGCAGUUGAGCCUGGUAGUAGACUAUCGUUUCUUGGAAGAUUUAGGUCUACUACCACAAUUGCUACCGAAUCCAUUCGCAGUGGGAAUACCAUACCACCUAUAGCAUCCAAAGCGUCUAAAGGGUUACUAGAGCUUACCGCAUUCAGAGAUUACAGUAUGCCAUCAUAUUUUCUUCCAAAUAUUACGGAAGACGCAGAGGAAGUAGAAGGUGAUCAUUAUCUGCAGAACAAGGGAUUGGUAACGGAGUUCGAACCGUCCUGGGAGGGUGCCGAUCCGCCAUGUGUAGACACCAGUGCUUCUGAUAUUUGGGAUGUCCAAGUAUCUAAUCACUAUAUUUAUGAGAGAUUAAGUACUGCUAAGCAUAGUGUCACCGAUAUCUGGGAAAAUGUGCUCACUAGUCAGCCAGUGUCUAAUUAUCGUACAUGGGAGACUCUUGGUCAGUUUGAUCCACCAAAGCAGCUACACUUUAUAACAGAAUCUCCCAAAGCCAUGUUUCACAUAAGAAGAAUAAAACAGGCCAACAUUUUACAAAUGGGAUUGACCAGGUUUACCGAUUCUGUAAGUUUGAUCUAUGAAGUUUCCAGCCAAAGAUUCUUAUCGGACAUCAAAUUACUGCUAGUUGGGAUUGAGUCGGACUGUUUCAUGUAUGAUAAUUCGCUAGGGUUUUAUUUGAAACCUAACUUGGCUGUCCCAGGAUUAAGUAUUGAAAGUUUGAAGGAUGUUUGUGCUCCUGUCACUCAUUGGGGAAAUUGUUUCAAAGCCUUGAGCUUUUUAACAGCGUCGCAUCCACAAACUGGUGAACUACAACAAAAAGGACUCAUAUUUAAGGCAAUGUGUAACAAAAUUAAAGAAGUACUGCUUCGACACCGAGCAGCAAUUGAUCGCAUUUGCGUGGAUAAAGAAUCGAUUGGAUUGCUAUCUUUACUUGAUCAAGUUCGUCCUUUGGGCCUUAUAAUCACGGAACUAGCUAAACUAUGUCAUUGCGAUAGUCAAAAUAAAGUUGAACUUGACGAGGGUCUCGGAAUUCUAACCCAUAUAUACCAAGAAGUCACCAAGGUUACUCAGCCAAAAGUGGCUCUGGUGUUUUAUUCCGUACUCAAGGCUUGUUGUGAGGUUUAUUUUUGGUUUCUGCAAAAGUGGUUAUUUGAAGGUGUCUGUGAUGAUAUAUAUGGAGAAUUUAUGAUCAAAGUAAAACCGCAGUAUCUGAGACAACGUGGACAUAGGUUUUGGACAAAGGGUUUCUUAAUAAACCACAAAUCAGUACCUGGCUUCUUAGGAGAAUUAACGGAUUCCAUACUACAAUGUGGGAAGGCAGUCAGACUUCUGAAGAUCUGUGAUCCAAAGAAUCCACUGUGCGGUGUCUUGGCGACUUCCUAUCCGGCUGUGCGCGUUUGCUUAAGUGUAGGACAGCUUAGAGAACAACAGAUGCAUUGUAAUGAAUAUAUGACUAGAGGUAGAUCAGCUCUCGGUACGAAUGUCUCCCUCUGUUCAGCACUCCAAGAAAACAGGGAUAUCCUGAAAAAGAAAGCACAACUCGUCAAUAUUGCUCAUCAGGAAAUGUUAAUUCGACUCAAACGUGAACAGGAGGAAAUUGCCAAGCAAAUAGCACAAGGCAAACGUGAAUUAUUAGCAGAAUUGAAAGACCAAGCAGAAGAGGCUGUUCUUCGCAAGGAAAGGGAUAAAGAAGCUCAAUUACAGGCUGAUCAACUACUUAUGGAGAAAAUUAACAGGGAACAAAAAGAAGAGGCUGAAAGAAUGCAGCAAGAAAAAGAGAACAUUCUAAUGUAUUACAACGGAUUAGCUAUUGAAGCCGAUAGACGCAAAGUUCAUGCUGAUUGGCGUAUCAGGCGGAUGGAAUUAUUUGACAAGAGGUUAGCUGCUUUGUCCCAAGCUAAACAGGAAGUGUGGGAGAUGAAAGAUAGUUUGAAAGUGACAAGUUCAAACGAGAAUAACCAUUUCACGACAGAAAUUUCAAAUAAUAUUGAGGGAGGUACAGAAGAACUUGAAAAACAGAGUGUUGAUCUUUACAUUGAAGAUUUAAACUUGAAUGAUCCCGUACUGCUACUUGAAUCCGAGAAGAGUGACGUCGAUGGCAAUGCUAACAAAAAAGAAGAUGAAAACAGUAAUGUUUCACAACUUUCCACAUCAGCUACAAAUGAUGAAAAAAAUUCUCCAACAAAAAGUACUGAUAAAGACACUCUAGUUCAUGCAAAAGAUGAAAACACUGAAGUAACUGAAAGUGUUACUAUUAAAUCACCUCGGCCUACCGUACUAAAUAUCACACCGAUAAGUUUGUCAACAGAGCCAAUUAAAAUCAGAGAAGAUCUUUUAGAGAGAAAAAUAUUGCAAACAAAUAAAAAUAGGGUAAUGGGUCAUACAGUAUUUUCGGGUGAAGAUUAUUACGAGCAAUUUGACAAUGAAAAAAAUAAGUUGCAGAACUUUCUCAUCGAUAGAACAGACAUCACAAAAGAAGCACUAGCUAAUAGAAUCAGAAAUACUGGGAACUUGGAUGCAUUCAUUGGGUUAGAUAGAGACUCAACAGUUCCAAUCUUGAAUGACGAAGUUAUUGUGAAUUUAAUGAAGUUUGGAAAUCCCGAUAAUCUAACAGAAUUACAACGUAACAAGCUCAAAGUUCUCCGAGAAGAAUAUGACUGGACACCAAACAACAAUCAGAUAAGAAGUGUUUGCUCUAAUAAAGAUAAAAACAUCACAGCAAGUUCAGUUGAUCAGGUACAAUCUGAUGAAAUUUUAAUGGAGUCAAUUCCUCCAAGUUGUCUUUCUGAAUUACAAAUAAAUAGAAAUCGGAAUAUUCAACACCGUACUGAUCAGGUUCCAAUUGAUCUGCUGCAAAUAACGAGUUUGAUAGAUCAUGAACUAACUGAUGCAGAAAAGAACCGAAACAGAAACAUGGCACAUCGUACUGGUCAAGAAAUGCCAACAUUGAUAAUCCCAGAACAUAUAGCACGAGAGCUGACAGAUGCACAGAAAAACAGAAAUAGAAAUAUGCAACAUUCCACUGAUCAAAGUACUGCACCAGAUGAAAUAGUCAGAAAUGAACCGGCAGUUUUAACUCAGGCUCAAAAAAAUCGGGCCCGGGUCAUGGAACAGGAAUUUUAUGUUUAUGGCAGUGCUUCUGUUGAUAAACAAAAUGAUAAUAUCGACGUCGCUACACCAUUCCCAAUUUCAGAAUCGGCUAGCUCACAACAAAUCGUUCAAGAAAACACUACACCCAUGUCAUGUACCACAGAUAAUUUUCCUCUAUCAAUGAGCAGUAGCAUGUCGCAACUACAACAGUGUAUGGAUACUCCUUUAUCUGAAAUGAGCACUGAUAUGCGAUCUGCCUUGACUACAGGUGAAAUACUAACUGCCGAUACAGCACGCUCAGACAUUUCGGAAAGUGGCUUCAAAUUUCCAGACAGAUCUCAGAUGUUUCCUAAUUUUUUGGGCUUCAGCUCCGCUGCGAUGACACCAACUUCAGAAUCAGUGUUGACUGUAACAGAUGUAGAGAUGAUCGACAAUACAUCACUGCAUGUUUAUUUAGAAAAAUCUGUCGCUAUUCCUUUGCAAGUCCAGAGCAGACUUGUAAACGAUGCAAUCAUUAAGUACUUGCUAAGCGAACACAAAUUCUUAUCUCAUUUACACAGCCUUAGAAGUUAUUUCUUUUUACUGAAUGGCGAGUUUGCUAAAAAUUUAACAAAGUCACUAUUCACAAGACUUUAUGAGAUUUCAAUACCAGCAGAUCUGUUGAAUUCAGCGACGCUAAAUAAUCUGUUAAAUAAAGCGCUUGUUGCAUCGCUCAGUAGCAGCUAUGCAAACUCAGAACGACUCAGUCUUUCUGUCACUGAUGUACCUUCUCAGUUACAGGUUUCAAAUCCAGAAGCCUUAGAAUGUCUAUGCUUGAAUUAUAAAAUUUCCUGGCCACUAAACAUAAUCUUAGAUGAGAUGUCGAUGUUGCAAUAUACUAAGGUGUUCAAAUUUUUACUCAUGGUUGGACGUGUCAUGUGGGUUCUACAAGAAGAUUUUCACAUUUUGAAAGUAGAAAGAAAAGCCACGAACUCUAAAGAAUAUCAUGGGAUACAAUUGUUCAGACACUCGAUGAUGCAGUUCAUGACAGCUUUGCAUAAUUACUUAACGUGCAGCGUACUUCAUGCCAGCUGGGCAGAAUUUGAAAAAGAUCUGGAAAAUGCGAUAACCAUUGAUCAGGUUUAUCUCACCCAUGUGGGCUAUAUCAAGAAAAUUCUCUCUCGGUGUAUGUUAAACCCACGAGGAGAAAAAAUGCGAACAUGUCUGCACAACAUUUUCAAAGUUAUUUUAAAAUUUCACAAUCGCGUGCGGUCACAAAGUUGGAUUAUCACUCCCAUGGGAUACGUGCAUCCUAAUUUUGCAAAAUUGCAACAACUGUACAAAGCUUUUUGUGAACUACGGACAUACUUGGCCCAUGUUGCAGAUAAGUUGGCAAGCAGUGGAUAUCAGCCGCAUCUGACACAUUUUCUUAAUACACUUAACAUAAAUUAUCUUUACGACCUAACUAUUAAAAGAAAAGAGUAAAUCAAAUGUUAUGAAAGAAAGAAACGUACAUUUCUAUAUUACGUUCCUCAUGUAGUACUCUGUAUAUUUAAAUAUUUAUUAUUAGACAUUAGAUUUAUAAUAAAUCCCAGAAUUACCGCAAACUCCAAAAGCUUUAUAACUUUGUAAAUAUGAAAUUAAUAGUAUCUGUGAUCAUUGUUUAGGUAAAACUUGCACGAAUUUCAAUGUGUUACAUAGGAACAAGACACCGUUGUAGUUUCCAUUCUUGUUGCAUAUAGUGCACGUUGCAUUGUGCUAUGACGCUUGCAAGUUUUCAAUGCCAGUUGAUAAUUACAUUGAUUUAAUACUAAGUUUGUAAUCUUUGCGAGGUCCAAAGAUCAUAACACUAACACAACUGAAGGUAAAUGUUUUACCGUUGCAGUACAGACUGCAUUUUUUCCCUACUUAUAUUAGUUAAAUUAACAUUACAUUAACCAAAUUUUUUUUAGCAGAGUGCAUAUUUUAUAUUGAGCUUGUUAUAAUUUCUCGGCCUGUUGUUGGUGAAUAAUUGUGUUUGAAUGAAAGUGCAGCAUUGUUAAAACUGUAGGUACUAAGCAGUUAUGCAUGCGAUGGUGCUUCUUCGAUAUUUAAUGUAAUAUUUUCUUAAUAGUAGUUGAUCACGAAUUACGUC